AUGACACUGGCUUCUAGUGCUGUGGAGGGCUAUGAGACUGGAGAACAUGCACCUGGACUGAAGCUGAAGGGCACUGGGGCCUACAAAGCUGCCCACCACAUUAUCAAGGCACAUGCUAAGGUUUGGCACACCUAUGACACUCAAUGGAGAAGCAAACAGAAAGGCUUGGUUGGGAUCUCGUUGUUGUCAGACUGGGGGGAGCCAGUGGACCUCACCAACCAGAGAGACAUCGAGGCAGCAGAGAGAUAUGUCCAGUUCUACAUGGGCUGGUUCGCUACACCCAUCUUCAACGGGGACUACCCUCAGGUCAUGAAAGACUACAUAGGUAGGAAGAGUGCCCAGCAGGGUCUAGGAACCUCCCGUCUCCCUGUCUUCUCUUCCCAGGAGAAGAGUUACAUCAAGGGCACCUGUGACUUCCUGGGUAUUGGCCACUUCACCACGCGCUACAUCACCCAGAAGAACUACCCGUCUGGCCGUGGGAACAGCUACUUCACCGACCGUGACCUGGUAGAGCUGGUGGACCCUCGCUGGCCCGACCCCGGCUCUGAGUGGCUCUACUCUGUCCCCUGGGGAUUCAGACGCCUGCUCAACGUCAAGACCCAGUAUGGGAACCCCAUGAUCUACGUGACAGAGAACGGAGUGUCAGAGAAGGUGCAGAGGUGCACAGACCUGUGUGAUGAAUGGAGGAUGCAGUACUUCAAGGAUUACAUCAAUGAGAUGCUCAAGGCCCUUAAGGACGGCGUGAACGUGAAGGGUUACACAGCCUGGUCGCUGCUGGACAAGUUUGAGUGGGACGAAGGCUUCUCUGAGAGGUUUGGCCUGUUCUACGUGGACUUCCUCAACAAGAAUAAACCACGUUACCCAAAAGCCUCUGUUCAGUACUACAAACGCAUCAUCAGCUCCAAUGGAUUCCCCAACCAGAGAGAGGUGGAGAGCUGGAGAAGGAAAGCCACAGAGACGUGCUCCUCCAGUAACCAGCUGCUAGCUGCAGAUCCGUUGACCAGCCACAUGGAGAUGGUAACAGAGAUCGUGGUUCCUACAGUGUGUACUCUCUGUAUUCUCCUGGCUGCUGUCUUCCUCAUGUUCCUGCUGCGUGGACGCUUCUAGAAUACCUCUGCCUUCCUCAUGUUCCUGCUGCGUGGACGCUUCUAGAACACCUCUGUCUUCCUCAUGUUCCUGCUGUGUGGACGCUUCUAGAACACCUCUGUCUUCCUCAUGUUCCUGCUGUGUGGACGCUUCUAGAACACCUCUGUCUUCCUCAUGUUCCUGCUGUGUGGACGCUUCUAGAACACCUCUGUCUUCCUCAUGUUCCUGCUGUGUGGACGCUUCUAGAACACCUCUGCCUUCCUCAUGUUCCUGCUGUGUGGACGCUUCUAGAACACCUCUGCCUUCCUCAUGUUCCUGCUGUGUGGACGCUUCUAGAACACCUCUGCCUUCCUCAUGUUCCUGCUGUGUGGACGCUUCUAGAACACCUCUGCCUUCCUCAUGUUCCUGCUGUGUGGACGCUUCUAGAACACUGCUGUCUUCCUCAUGUUCCUGCUGUGUGGACGCUUCUAGAACACCUCUGCCUUCCUCAUGUUCCUGCUGUGUGGACGCUUCUAGAACACCUCUGCCUUCCUCAUGUUCCUGCUGUGUGGACGCUUCUAGAACACCUCUGCCUUCCUCAUGU